AUGGUAGGUCUAACCAUUAAACAUGCUUUGUGCUCCAUAAUAUUACGCUUCCGCAUGCACCGUAUUGCCUUCACAGCAGACAUAGAUAAGACGUAUCGACAAGUUCUGGUAGCGCAUGACGAUAGCAGUUACCAAAGAAUAUUGUGGAGGAGUGAUAGAUCUGCGCCACUUCAGGAAUACCAAUUAAAGACAUUCACGUACGGAAUGACUUGUGCACCUUUUCCUGCAGUACGGUGUCUGUUACAAUUAGCUCAUGAAGAGGGUGAGCGGAUCGAGGCAGCAAACAUUCUUUAUGAUUGUAUCUCAGGCUGUGAUAAUGCAGUGGCUGCAAUCAAUGCCCAGCAAGAUCUCAAAAAGCUAUUGAAGAAACAUGGGUUCUCAUUACGGAAAUGGUGCAGCAACAGUGCAGAUGUACUCGAAAAUAUCCCCUCAGAGUUGUGA